GUGAAUCUGAUGCAGCAUCAGCGCUACAGGGCAAAGCAGAUGUUCGCCUGGCGGAUGUACAGCAACGAGUGCGGCAGCUCUUGCUGACGGCGCUGCGCACAUGGCGAGCCAGCUGCUUCGGCUCUGAGAGCAUUGGGCAUCUGCUUGAGUAUAUCGAAGGGAAGAUUAACAAGUUCGAAAGCGAUGUGGGGCAGAUUCAAAAUGCCGCUGCUGGCGCAGAAUGGCUAGCAAUCAAGCUGGCAAUUGAUGGGCUACUGCAUGGUGUUGCACUGCCAGAGGAGGAGCAGGCUGGAAAGGUUGCCUUUCAGCCCCAGCUGGCAGACACGGCGAUGCGACGACAGGAGCGGCAGAGCAACAUCCAAGGAAUUUGCUGGAACCGACAACGGCGGGCAUGGGCACUUGCGGGUGGUGAGUGUGGAAUGAAGGAAGGGAACAGGAAACCGCUGAUCCCCAAGGCGUCCUCAGUACGGGGGGUCUGGUUUGACAAGAAGAAGCAGAAGUGGAAGGUAGGCUUCACCCAUCCAGUCACGAAAAAGAAUUUGCACUGCGGCUCCUUCCGGACACAGAAGGAAGCCGAGACCAAAGCUCGAGAGAUGGCCAAGCAAUUCGGGCUUCAGGCCGAGACUGAGGUGGUGCCAGUGAAGAAGCUCUCGGAGCUGCGAAGAUUCAUGCCGAUGGGGCCACAGAAGGGCGUGAGGUGGAAUCUGGGUGAGCAAUGCUGGCACGCCACAUGCGCGGUCAACGGCAAGACCCGGAAUAUGCGAGCCAGACCCAAGGACUUCUCGCAGCAGGAGGUGGAGAGGGCUUGGCUGCUGGCAGCUGAAUGGCGCAGGCAGCAGGAGAUGGAGAAGAAACAGGUCCACGACUUGACCUAUUUCAUCUUCAGGGCAUUGCUUCAUGGAGGGCUUGUGCUUCAGAAGCCCUUCUACGGUGCCAAGAGCCCGCGUGAAGCGCUCCAAGCGUCAACGGAGGCCGGAGAACCUCAUUCUCAAAGACGACUACCUCCAGUGAUUCCCAACGAAGCAGGCAUGAAGAGCACUCCGAACCUGAACGGAAAUGGCCUCAAGGUGAAAGAGGCCAUGGCGUAUUCUGAGGAUCCUCUGGGAAAGAUCCUACUCUCCAGUGCUAAACUUAUGGACUUCUACCCGGCGAGGCUCAUGUUUUUGGUCAAAGCCGCGCGCGGAGACAUCAGUUGCCGCCAAGCGGGCCAUAGGAUCCUGGAGGAUAGCAGCUCGACAUCGGGAAGCUCUCACAUGAAUCGGGACAGUGACCAGCGAGAUGAGAAUGUGAAGGACCAGAUCAAGCAAGAGAUAGUGAUGGAGGCGGAGGGGCUCUGGGCGAAGCCUGUCGACUACGAUGGGGUUUGCGGCGAUCACAGACCCAAGCGGCGACGCAAACGCUUGAUCCGGACAAGCCCCGAGGAAGCGAACUCCUUGGAGUCGCAAGAGCCAAGUGGUGUAUCGUGCCAUGGAGGCGAGCAGGGCUGCGCUGCAGAGGCCCCGCAAGACCACGCCCAUGGACAAGAAGCUCGGGUGGGCCAGGCAGCUUACAAGCGAUUCCGCAGCCUGGAACGCCAGAGCGGCGUGCAAGGCAUCUCCUGGGAACGCUGCUUAUUCCGCUGGAAGCUCUCUGUGCAGCGGCUCAGGAAGCGACACAACAUCCACUUCCCCAUCUGCAAAUUCCUGCAGCAUGGCCUUGGCGAGGAGGAGGCCGUGGCGGCCGCGUUGUGCGAAGCCAAGGCCCAGCGGGAGAAACUCAUAAGCACAGGUAUCCUCAAGCCACCGAAGGCCGAUCACGGCAAGCACUCCACGGUGAGGGGAGUGUGGUUUAACCAACGUAGCCAGAAGUGGGAGGUGGAGUUAAGCCAUCCCAUCACCAAGAAGAGGGUUCGGCGCCGCAGCUUCGCAGCACAGGAGGAGGCUGAGGCCACGGCGCGAGAGCUGGCCAAGGAACUCGGCAUCAAGGAAGUUGAGGGCAUUGUGUUGCCGGUGAAGCAGUUCUGUGAGCUGAAGCACUUUGAGCCGCUCGGGCCGGAGGAGGGAGUCAAGUGGAGGUUCGGGGAGCAGUGCUGGCAUGCCUUCUGUAAAGUUGGAGGCAAGACCAGGAACAUGAGGUCUCGCCCCAAGGACUUCUCGGAGACGGAGGUGGAGAAAGCCUGGAAGCAGGCCCUGGCUUGGCGGAAGCAGCAAGAGAAGGAGCGAGACCAGGCCAAGGCCGAGAAGAGCUGA